CUGAUAUUGUCUCCCUCUCCCAUUCCAACUUGCGAAAUAGCCAUCUUUUCCUCCAACAAGGUCUCUAUCUCUCUCCCUCCUCCCCAUCUUAUAUUAUUAUCACUCUUUUAUCUUCACACCUUCUUGCCUUUCAACCCCUUCUUUCUUCUUCUUCUUUGGGUGAUUCCCUUUUAAGCUCCUUCACUCAUCACCAUGCCAAGAAACAAGAGAGAGGUUAUGUGGCCAAGAUUGGUGGCAAGCAAGAUCCUCAAGAAAAGAUUGGGAAGCAAUAAUUUCGUCGCUGAUAUUCCAAGUAUUAGUGACGAUUCGGAUGAAUUUUUGGUAGAGGCGAUUCCUCCUAGGUUUGAUGAUGAUCAUCAAAAAUCUCUUAGCUCAAAUCACAUUCUCGCCCAUCACCAAGAAACCCAAAGCUACAAGGUUUUUGUAAGUACAUGGAAUGUUGGAGGCGUUGCACCAACCGAUGAUUUAAACGUGGAUGAUUUGCUAGGCCCAAACCACAGUUGGUGUGACAUAUAUGUUUUUGGGUUUCAAGAAGUUGUUCCUUUGAGGACGAAGAAAGUUCUGGGUUCAGAAAGUGGAAAGAUUUCAUCAAAGUGGAACUCCAUAAUCAGAAGAGCUUUGAACAAGAAAGCAGCCAUAGAUGAAGGAAACAGUGAUGAGCAGACUAAAGGGAACAAUAAUAAUAAUAAUAAUAAUAAUAAUAAUAAUAAUAAUAAUGAAGAAUUCAGAUGUAUUAUCAGCAAGCAAAUGGUUGGGAUUCUGAUCUCUGUGUGGAUCCGAAAUGAACAUCGGUUGUUUGUGCGUAACCCUAGCGUUUCGUGCGUGGGUUGUGGCAUCAUGGGUUGCUUGGGCAACAAGGGUGCUGUUUCGGUUAGAUUUAGGUUGCAUGAAACAAGCUUUUGCUUUGUGUGCAGCCAUCUGGCUUCAGGUGGCAGGGAAGGAGAUGAGAAAUUCAGAAACUCUAACGCCGCAGAAAUACUGUCAAGAACAACAUUUCCCAAAGGCCCUUCACAUGAACUGCCAAGAAAAAUCCAAGAUCACGACCGAGUGAUUUUUCUUGGAGAUUUGAACUACAGAAUCUCCCUUCAAGAAACUGCGACAAGAUUAUUGAUAGAUAAAGGAGAUUUUAAUACACUAUUCGAAUAUGACCAGUUAAGGUCAGAAAUGCUGGACGGUCAAGUAUUCAAAGGGUGGCAUGAAGGGAUGAUAAAAUUUGCUCCCACUUACAAGUAUUAUCCUAAUUCCGAUGGAUAUUAUGGCGCUGUAAAUGGUAAAAAAGGUGAAAAGAAGCGCGCCCCCGCAUGGUGUGAUAGGAUAAUUUGGUUUGGAGAAGGGCUAAAGCAACACAAAUAUGGGAGAGGUGAAUCGAAAAUGUCAGAUCACAGGCCAGUUAGGGCAAUUUUCAGUGCAGAAGUGAAAGUGUCAAGACUCAAAAAAUUGAGAAAUUUUUUCCUGUCUGAAAGGUUUGAGCAUAUCACCCAUCGGUUAGAGGUGCAUUCAUCAGAACCUGCAGAUGACUAUCAUGACCACUUCCAAUAUUCUAAUGCAAGAUUGAGCUUGCACAUUAGUUGAUCCAUCCAUAUAUAUAUACACACAUAAUAUAUAUACCCACGGAAUAUAUUCACACAAAAUUAUAUGUUUCAUAUAUAAUAGUAUACUGCUACGUGUUUUCGAAAUGAAAAAUGAAUGGAUAAUGUAAUAAUAAAUCUAGCUAUCCUUCUGUUU